UAUAGGAAGUAGAUCUAGACCCUGUUCUCUGUUUGAUUACACGUUGGGGAUAGAAAAAUGAACGGGGAUAAAGUGCAGAAGAAGCCUGUUCGCCUCAUUGCGGCGGCCUGCAACGGAAGGGGCAUCGGGAAGGACGGACAAAUGCCCUGGGAUUUACCAUCUGAAUUCCAGUACUUUAGGAACCAUGUCUUGGGGGUGUCGAGACCAGGAAGGAUGAACCUGAUGGUUUGGGGAAAACUGUGCUGGCAAUCCGCCCCGAAAACGGAUUUCCCACUGCCCAAUGUUCUGCAUGCGGUGCUGAGCACAACACUGGAGACGGUUCCAGAUCACGCACACUUCUUGUGUCAAGACUUAGAAAGUGCUGUCCGUUUGGCUGCACAGCCCCCACUUGCUGACUUGAUUGAGACCAUCUGGAUUGUUGGAGGGACGCAGGUCUACGAGGAUGGGCUGAAGCACCCGUGGUGUGACUUGGUUUACCUGACAGAUGUCAUGGCAGACUUUGACUGUGACGUUUUCUUCCCUGAGUUUGACAGAGAACUCUUUAAAAAACAAGAAGGAUUUCCUGAUGUACCGAGUGGGAUUCAAGAGGAGAAGGGCAUUAAAUACAAAUUCCAAGUAUUCAAGAAAGUGACUGGUGACGCGGUGUAAGCAACUAACAGAGGAAAUCAAUAGACUGUCAGAAAAUACUCCAAACUACUCAUUCCUUGAAAACCUGUUAAGAUUGAUUGCAGUCAACUCCUGAAUAGACUUUACAGACAUGCUGCCAAGACCCAAACCAAGAGCGCGUCAUUAUAUUUUUGUAAGAGCCAAAGUCUUACUAACACUCUUUGUUAUAUAGUCACUGAGCAUUCCAGUGUAAAUAGGACAUUUAUACUCUUUGUAAUCCAUAAAAUACUUUAAACACAGACACGUUGAAACGUUGUCCAGUUUGUCUACCAGAGUUUUUAAAAGAAAUCCCCUGCCACACUCUUGUCACCUUGUCAGCAUUCGCAUCUCAUCAUCCUCCUCAGUAAUAUUGCAGCUGCACGGAGAAUAUGCUUGUCAGUGAGUCAGUCGGCAGCCUACAUCGAUGACAGCUUGUGCUCUGGGUAGCUCAGCAGAUAUGGUCCUUUCCAAGUCAAUAUGACAGAUGCCAGUUUAGAAAGCCACAAGUGGAUUGUCCUAUUGGUUUGCUUUGAAUCUAUGUGUUUUUAUUUAGAAGUACAUGGAGACAUUUUACAGCCUUUUCUUUUGUAUUUAGAAUGGAAAGACACAAUUAUUGAUGUUUUUUUACAGUGUCUUUUAUGAAUGAAGGAGUUUUUAUGAAAAUAAAUCAAUGGUUUUA